AUGCGACGGCAUAUGGACCCGGAUAUUCGGUUAUGUGCACUGUAUGAGUUUAAACUGAGGCACAGUUAUCGUGUGGCUUGCGACAAUUUGAUACGAGCAUAUGGUGCCGACGCGGUGUCCAUACACACCGUUAAAAAGUGGUUUCGGAGGUUUCGAGCUGGCAACGAGAACACGAAUCAUACGCCACCGUCUUCAGUGGUGAAUGAUGUGGAAUUGAAACGAAUGAUGGACGAAAAUCCCGAUAUGGCAAUGCGUGAUCUGGCACGAUACUUUGGCGUCACGUAUCAGACGAUCAAAACUCAUAUUACUUCGAUUUCCGAAGGAAAGUUCAGGAAAUACGCUGGAGAUAAGCCGAAUCCCUACCGCAAGAGGAAAAAAUUAUCAUCAGCGCGGAAUGAUGACAUUGAUAGU